UUUGGACUUUCGUAUCUGAUUUUAAUCCUUAUAGGCUUUUAUUCUAUUCAUUUCCCAUGUUUGUUACGUAAAUCAAAUGUUUGACGACAAAUAAUUUAAAAAGGGUUGUCGUUUUUUCAUCUUGGUCUUCACCAUUUCUUCACCUUUUAUUCAAAAUUCUUUUUUAUUGGAUUCUCAAUCCGAUUUUUCUGAUCUGAAUCGGCUUCUUAGAUCGUAAUCCCUUUCUGGGUAUUUCAGAAAUUUCUUUUUACUGCUAAUUUUACCCUUAAAUUCUGAUUUACCUUGCAAUCUAAUUUUCUGCUGGUUUUGGGAACUUUUUUAUUCAAUUUUGGAACUAAAAUCAUUUUCUUUGUUCAUUCUACAUAUUACCAUUGGUGAAAAUGUCAUAAAAAUUAUUUCAAGUGGGCGUGCAUUGAGCUCCUCCAAACAUGUCUCUAUCCCCAAGUCGGGGAAGUUAUCAUUGUUUUUAUAGCUUAGGAAGUAAACCACAAAUGAUGUGACCAGCUGCAAUUAAGUGUGUCUGAUGAGGAUGUACUCCCCAUGAUUCAUCAGAGGUUUUACUAUUUAUCCCUGUUGCCAUUUUUUACCACUACAAUAAUAUAUGGGCUGAGGUGCACAUUUCAUGGGAGGUGUAGAGGAUGAUGAACCUGCCUCAAAACGCACAAAACUAUCCUCUGAAGAACUGAGACGUCUUUCGAACGGUUCAACUAUUAAAGGGCCCAUAGCUGGGUCCUCAGGAGACUUGAUGGCUCAGCCUCUGCAGUCUGAAUGGGGCAAAGAAGUUGUUGGCUCAAAAGGAGUAGUAAAAAAGGUAGAAUUUGUCCGAAUAAUAGCAAAAGCAUUAUACUCUCUUGGUUAUGUAAAGAGUGGUGCUCAUCUAGAGGAAGAGUCAGGGAUACCAUUACAUUCUUCUCCGGUCAAUGAAUUUAUGCAACAAAUUCUUGAGGGAAAUUGGAAUAAAAGUCUUGCCACAUUGCAUAAUAUUGGUCUAACAGAUGAAAGGAUCAUAAAAUCAGCCUCUUUUCUGAUAUUGGAACAGAAGUUUUUUGAACUUUUGGAUGAAGAAAAUGUCAUGGAUGCUCUGAAGACAUUGAGGACUGAGAUUGCACCUCUUUGUAUCAAUAAUAGUAGAAUUCGUGAGCUUUCUUUGUCCAUUGUGUCACCUUCUCACUGUUUUUCUGUUUGGUCUACAAAACAAGAAACAUUAAGGGCAAGAUCUCGGACUAUAUUAUUGGAAGAAAUACAGAAGCUGCUUCCUCCAACAGUUAUGAUUCCCGAAAGAAGGUUGGAACAUUUAGUUGAACAGGCACUUGUCUUGCAACGAGAUGCUUGCAUGUUUCACAACUCUUUGGAUAAGGAAAUGUCACUAUAUGCUGAUCAUCUCUGCGGGAGAGAUCAAAUUCCUUCUCAAGAAUUGCAGAUACUACAGGCUCACACUGAUGAAGUAUGGUUCUUGCAAUUUUCACAUAAUGGGAAAUACUUAGCUUCAUCAUCAAAUGAUCAGUCAGCAAUCAUUUGGGAGGUUGAUGCAAAUGGAGUAUCUUUAAAACAUAAACUAUCUGGUCACCAGAAACCUAUCUCUUCUGUUUCUUGGAGUCUUGAUGAUCAUCAACUUCUCACAUGUGGUGUAGAGGAGGUUGUAAGGCGCUGGGAUGUCUCUUCUGGUGAAUGCCUCCAUGUUUAUGAAAAAGCUGGUCUUGGCAUGGUUUCAUGUGGAUGGUCUCCAGAUGGCAAAUGGAUAUUUUCUGGUGUGAAUGAUAAGAGUAUCUGCAUGUGGGAAUUGGAUGGGACAGAGCUAGAGUGCUGGAAAGGGCAACGCACUCUAAAAAUUUCUGAUUUGGAAAUAGCAAGUGAUGGAAAGCAGAUUAUAAGUAUAUGUAGGGAAACAACAAUAUUAUUACUUGACAGGGAAGCAAAAGUUGAGAGAUUUAUUCAAGAAGAUCAAACAAUAACUUCGUUCUCAUCAUCAAGAGACAAUAGAUUCUUGCUGGUAAAUCUUUUAAACCAAGAAAUCCAUCUAUGGAAUAUAGAAGGUGAUCCGAAGCUUGUUUCUAAAUAUAGAGGCCAUAAACGCAGCCGUUUCAUAAUUAGGUCUUGUUUUGGUGGACUUGAGCAAGCUUUUAUUGCCAGCGGUAGUGAGGACUCACUGGUCUAUAUAUGGCAUAGGGGCACAGGUGAACUUAUAGAGGCGUUACCAGGUCAUUCUGGAACUGUUAAUUGUGUGAGCUGGAAUCCAGCAAACCCUCACAUGUUGGCAUCAGCUAGUGAUGAUCGUACAAUUCGGAUAUGGAGCUUAAACAAUCUAAGCUCAAAGCGGAAAGGCGAUCACAGUAAUGGCAUCCAUUAUUGCAAUGGAGGAACCUGAGAGAUUGAAUGCAUAGAGACUCCAGUGAUUGAUGUCUCAUAAUUGGUUUGAUGUAAAUACUUUUCCUUGUUGAAAGCGGACAUUCAUAUUAAAGAAGAUUGUCAACAAUGCCGGAACUUUCUGAUAAUAAAUUUGCUGUUCUCCUUUUUAACAUUUAAUUAAUUUGAUUACAGUUAUGGUGAAAAUUUGAAGCUUGCUUGCUCAUCAGUACCUGUGUGCCUGGUGUUAACUUUGAUUCUCAUGGAGUAUUAGCAUUAAAGGA